UUUGGCGUGCCGACGCGUCAGUACUCGCUGGUAAAUCGUACUCGCUACUACUCGGCAGUCGGUGUCGCAAUGCGGUGCGCAUCGGUACGGUCAUCGUCGUCCACGCGUGGUGUGCCGUCCAACGUCGGAUGGCCCGUUAACUCGAUAUCAUGGCAAUAAUACUUAACGAUAUUAUCGUCAUAUUAAAAUAAAAAAAAAAGAAAUUUCGAAAGAUCGAUUUUGUUAUUCGAUCGGUUUUUUUUUUUAAUUUUUUCGACUUCACAAAACGACAUUACAUCGAACAUCUUGUCGAUUACACGUUUUUUUUUUUAGAACAAUAUUACUUUUAAAUCGUCGUCGUUUCGUUGUUGACGGCAUGGUUGUUGUGACGGUGGUACAGGUGGUGACACCUUUGUAGGAUGAGAGGGUCACCUCAUUAUCAUAAUCACAACAACAACUCGCUACAGUACCACCAAUACCAUCACGGUUGCGGAGGCGGCGGCGGCGGCGGCAGUGGCGUCGGCAGGCGAGGCCGGCCGAAAAACGGUUGGCCCGAAGUCGCUGUCGCCGUUUACGUGUCCGUCGCCGUGGCCGUGACCGUGUGCUAUUGGAACGGUCUUCGCGGUGAUUUCGUGCACGACGACAUACCGGCCGUGGCCAUGAACGCCGACGUGCUGGGCACCGGCCCGCUGUUUCGAGUGGCCACCAACGACUUCUGGGGCACCCCGCUGUCGGACCCAAACAGCCACAAAUCGUACCGGCCGCUGACUACGCUGACUUUCAGAUUGAACCAUUACGUAUUUGGACUUCAACCUGUGUGGUUUCACGUUGUCAAUGUUAUCCUUCAUGGCAUUUGUUGUGUUUUGUUUGCUCGUUUGUGCAUUUCAGUUGCUGGAUUAGAACAUAAAUAUGGACUUUUGGCUGGAAUUGUUUUUGCUGUCCAUCCGAUUCAUACAGAAGCAGUAACGGGGAUCGUUGGAAGAGCAGAUGUAUUGGCAUGUCUAUUUUUUUUAUUAUCAUUUUUAACGUAUCACGACACACGGUGGAAACGCAGGGACCGAGUGUUACUUAGCUGUACAUUUGGAGCACUAUCAAUGUUGGCCAAAGAAACAGGGCUAAUGGUCCUGUUAGUAAAUCUGGCUUAUGACAUAUACUCUUCAUGGGGUCAUAUUAAAAAGUCAUUGGUAGAACACAAGCAGACUGAGGAAUAUAACUCAUUCACAAGAAGGGCUCCAAAAACUAUAGCAGCAACAAUUGCACUCUUAACGUUUCGACUAUACAUGUUACAAGGCAGUUUACCGAAAUUUACUGAGCCGGACAAUCCUGCAGCGUUCCAUGACAGCUCGAGAGUCAGAUUCCUCAGCUACAGUUAUGUGGCUGCAUUCAACCUGUGGCUGAUGUUAUGUCCAUCGGCAUUGAGUCACGACUGGCAAAUGAAUUCACUACCGUUGGUCACGUCUCUAGACGAUAUCAGAAACAUAGGAACAUGUAUAGCUGCAGCAUUUUUGUUAUGUACUACGUGCAAGAUAUUAUCCGACAUAGAUACCCAAAAACAUAGUCCUCAAGUUUUGGCAGUUCUUUUACUUAUUAUCCCCUACAUUCCUGCUUCCAAUCUUCUAGUAACAGUAGGAUUCGUGGUGGCUGAACGAGUACUUUAUAUACCCAGUAUGGGACUCAUUUUGUUGUGUAUAUAUGGACUUCAAACACUUUUAAAUCACAAAAAAGCAUCAAACUGGGUGGUCAUUACGACGAAAUUCUUUGUCGGUUUUACACUCUUAGUAUUUGUGGCUAGAACCGUACUGAGGAACAGUGAUUGGAUGUCUAGACCGACUAUUAUUAAGGCUGGUUUAAAGACUUUACCACACAAUGCUAAAAUGCACUAUAACUGGGCGAAUUACCAAAGGGACGUAGGGGACACGCAAACAGCUGUAAACCACUACAGGGAAGCGUUAAGAUUAUGGCCAUCUUAUGCGAGUGCACACAACAAUUUAGGCACGCUGAUGGAAAGGUCUAGGGAUGCUGAACACCAUUUUUUGGCCGCAAUUCGAUACUCACCAGGACACGUUAACGCUCAUUACAACUUGGGUCAAGUCUACAGGUUGAUGAACAGAACCAAAGAUGCAGUGGCUAUGCUGGAACGAUGUCUUAUGUUAAAUAACGGUUACACUGCUGCGUACUUGUUAUUGGCCAAAUUACAUACAGGAAGCCAAACUGGACGACUGUUAAAACACGUUGCCGCCUACCAGCAAAAACACCCAGAACAUCAAGCUCGUUAUGCUCGUUGGCUUCGUGAUAACGGUCGUGUGGCUGAGGCUUUAGUUUAUUACAAAAGAGCUAUGGCUGUGAAUAUGGAACACAGGGAGUCUGUUUUGGGUUUAGCCCGUGUACUUAGAGAUCUAGGACAAAGAUCCAGAGUUUACAGACUUAUAACAUGGUGGCAGUCGACGAGACGCAGACACUCGGUGCCCGGUGGAGGUCGGAUCGUGUUCGCCGGCGAUCUCUACGUCAAGGGAUGGCAGCUAUACAAACAGGGCCAAACCACGGCACCACUACCUUCGGCUGGCGAGCCACCACGACGACGCAACACCGAUGGCAAAAUGUCAAUGUGCAACGUUCCUCCAUUUCCAAUUUGUUUUUUUUUUCACGCAACUCUUUCCGAAAAAUCAUGACACGCUAUACAUUGUGCAAUUCAUGAAAACAAAAGUGCAAUUAAACAGAUUUAUUAUUAAAUAAUUUCUUGGAACUAAAAAAUAUUCAUCGUGUUUUUGAUAAUAAAUAUCAUCAUUAAAGAAAAAAAAACAUAUUACUUAUAUCAUAGCCAUAAUUGCAUCAUAUACUGGAAAACUAUAAAUGAAUAUCAGUAUAAACUAAUGAAAAUAAAUAUUUUAUUAACAUAACAAAUAUACAUUUAGUAUUUUUUUUAUUAUUAUUAUUUGAAGUAUCUUGCUGUUUCAAUUCUAUACGGUAUUUCAGUAUUUUGGUAUAAUUCAGUUCAAGCAGUAAUUUAAAAACUGGUAACCCUAUUUUAUAGGAGUUAUUUUGUUUGACAAAAUUAUAAUAGCACAGUUAUUAUUAUUAUUUUUUCUAAAUAAUAAGUAGGUAUAAAUAAUAUAUUUUCUUAAAUAAUUUCCCACUAAAUUUUAGGGAGUUUAAUAUUAUGUUAUAUAUGUAUAUAUUAUUAUUAUUACUUGUAUACAUUUAAAAUACAGGAUCAGGUAUCUUAUGCUCAUUAGAAUCAAAUCAAUCAUACAGUACUUAUAUAAUAUUAUUAACUACAUUUUAUACUUUAAUAAUUAAAUACUAUUAUUAUUAAUUAAAGAUUAUUACGUUCUAUCUAAUUAUUUUGCUGAGUUUGUCUGUGAAACUGUUGUACUCGUAUUGUUGUUUUUUAUUUCAGAAAUCCUACACCGAUUUAACAUUUAUUAUUAUAAUUUAUUGUUUUGACUUUAAAAAAAAUAAGCUUUUCGUACAUCGUAAUAUUACAACUCGUUGUCGUUAUAAAUACGAUAAUGUGAUAAAAUAAAAAAGGAACAUCAGCGAGAAUUUGAAAGUACGCCGAAUUUUUCGUGUAGACUACGCGUAAUAUACUACACCAGCGACUAAGGAUUGGAUUUAACGAGCUAGAAUUUUUAAAACGGAGUUAAUUUAAACUUUUUUUUAAUUUUAACGAGCUAUUUUUUAAUUAUUUGCUUCUAAAAAAUAAACGAGUUUUGUUUAAAAAGUUUAUUUAAUAUUUAAUCAAGUUAAUUCAUUUUUUGUUGCUUUAACUUUAUUAUCCUCCUUGCCGUAACGAUAAAAAAUCUAAAAUUAUGCAAUUAAACUGUUUCCUUUGUCAACAUAUGGUUCAAAGUUGAGUGAAUAUUCUAAUAUUUUAAUGCAUCGUAUUGUACUUUAACGAUAUAAUUGUUAAUUAUGCUCAUGUAUUUAAAUUAAUGUACCUACUUGUUUAAGAUAGUGUAGUUUCACAUAGUCAUAAUGCAACAUAAAAAUAAUAAUAAUUUAACAAUUUUUAUUAACGAUGAAAAAUCUGCACGCGAUUUAGUGUUAUUGUCUAUGGCGAUACUCAAGUAAAUAAUAUAAUAUCAUAACAUGACUUUUAUUGUAAUUCUGUUCAGUGUACUAGUGUGCUCGAUAAGCUAUUAUAAAAACGAUCAGUAAUAUGUAUCAUCACAAUUUUUUUCCCAUACAAAUUAAAACAAUUCAUGUAUAGUGUCGUUUUCCUAUCAAUCAUUAUGUUCAGUAAUAGAGUUUUGUGACAUUAACUGCAAGGUACUGAUAUACUGUAUAUAUAUAUAAAUAUAUAUAAAAUAGCAUAACAAAACAUUUUAAUAUUGUUAAAUGCGAAAAUUAUAAUGUCAUAAAACAUGUAAUUGAUAAACAAAAUAACACAUGUCUGUUAUACGUAAAAAUAUUUAAAAUGUUACUUUUUUAUUUAUUGAAAGUGUAAUGCUUACUUUGGGACUUAAUGUACUUAAAAGCAUUACAUUGAUAAUAGUUUAUGGGGUUUUGUAAUUGCCAUUAUAUAAGUGGAAUUCGAUUAUAAUUUUUGAUGUCGUUAUAUUUUAAAAUAUCUUAAUGUUCUUAAUUAAAAAAGUAUGUAACAAUAUUAUAAGAUCUUAGAAAAAUACUGUUUUUCUCACGUUCAUCACAAUAAUUUAUAUAAGAAAACAUUUAAAAAAAAUAAUUCCAUGUAGUGGCUGUGCCGUUUACGAAACAUAUCAUAUAAAAUAUAAAUAAACAAUUUUUCAUGUAGUAAAAGUAUUUAUCAAUUUUAAUAAUCAAACAUGAAAAUUAUUGUUUUUAAGUGUUUUGGGUUACUUCAGAUGAGGGGUGAAAGAGUUAAAACUACUCAGAUUUCUUGAUUCACAGACUUCCCCAUACGUUUACGUCUAUCUAAAAUCGAAUAUAUUGAAAUUAUUAUAAAUAUGAAUAGUUACAAUGGACAUAUAAAUACUUCUGGGCUUGUUGUUUAUAAUACCUAUAAUGUGAAAUAUUUCUUUGCAUAUUGUUCAAUAUACGAGUAUGUUUUUUGUUUACCGA